AGCGCGAUCCUCAUUCAAACGAAAAUUCCAAGAAAAUAUUCAUCAAUCGUAAGGGAUACGAAUAUGGAGACAGAUGAGCAGUCAAAAUAUCGUAAAAUUUUACAUAUUUUGUUUUUCGUUCUAAUUACUUGGGCACUUGUUAUAACUUGUGAGCUUUCUGCACGCUAUUUGAAGCCGACUUUCCGAACGGAACUAGCAUAUCCAGUAGAACCGAUACUCGAGGAACCGGUAGUCGAGAAGCCGCCGCGCAAUGAUUCAAUUUUCUAUAGUCCAAUGGUGGAGUUUAAAAAUCGAAUAAAAGAACUCGAAUUAGAGGCCAGUGAGAAGAAGAAGCGACGGAGGUAUCGCGCGGGCCCAUCGAUCCUUUAUGAA